AAUAAUAAGGAGAUGAAUGAAAAUAUAAUUUAUUUAUUUGAUGAUGUUAAGAUAUUAUUAAAUACUUUUAUUUAUUUAUUUAUAUUAAGAUAUUUUAAAAAUGUAGAGAUAUAUUUUAAUUCGUAUAAAUUAAAGGAGAGUGUUGUAAAAGAUUUUCGUGAUAAAGUUGAUGACUUGUUUAAAAAAGUAUUUAAUAAGAAAAACGUAGAAAAAGAGAAUAUAAAAGAGUCAUAUAUAUGUGAUGAUGAUAUGAAAUCUAUAAAUGUAGAUAACUUUUUAUGUAGUACUGAUGAUAUUGUAUAUAAAAAUAAAAGUAUUUAUAGUAGUAAUAUAUGGAAUAUAUUAAAUGAUAAUAAUUUAAUAAAUGAAGAAAUAUUAGAUAUGAAUAAGAUUUUUAAAUAUGUGAAGUGUCUACAUUUGAAUAUGUUUUUAUUAUUACAUACGAAUGAUAAAAAUGUAGAUUACCCUUAUAAUUUAUUAAAUAUAAAAAUGGAUUUAUAUUUAGAUGAGGAGAUAAGCAAAAUAUAUUCUUCUGAUUCUAUAUUAAUCAAUAAAAAAUGGAAUGGAGAUAUAAAUACAAUAUUUGAUAAUAUAGAAGAAUGUGGAGAUGAUGUAUUUAAUAAAAAGAAACAAAUCGAAAUUGUAUUAAAGCAAAAUAAUAUAUGUGAUGAGAUCAAGAAAGAGAUAUUAAAUAAUAUUUUGAAUAUUAUAAAUUAUCAUUGUAUAGGAACUAAAGAAAUGAAAUUUAUAGAUUCUUUAAAAAUAAUUUAUAAGAAAUAUUUUUGUAACAAUAUGAUGUUAUUAUAUAAAGAAAAAAAGAAAGACACAAAUGAAAUAAAUGGAGAUAAUUAUUGUAAUAAUAAUUAUAAUAUUAAUAGUUAUGAUUGUAAUUUGGGUUAUGAUUUAUAUUAUAAGGAAUUAAUAGAAAUAAUAAAUAAUUUGAUUUAUUUUUUAUUUGAAGAUAAUUUUUAUAAUGCAUCUAUUUCUAAACAAAAUAAAAUAUGUUAUAAAAGGUUGUAUGAGCAAUUUAAUAAGAUUAUGAUAAAAUCUAAAAUCAUAAAAUUAAAUGAAGAAAUGAUAUCUUACUUGUUGAUAGAUUCGAUAUUCAUACCUGACUAUGUUCAUAAAAAUAAGUUUAAGCAGCUGGAUGAAGAUGUAUAUUCGUCUUUUUCUUCAUAUUCGGAGCACGAAGAAUCUGAAAAAAAGGAAACAAGCAAGAUAAAUAAUCACUGUGAAGAUAAUAUGGAGGGGCACACACGUACAGAAAUAAAAUAUAAAAAUAAUAAAAAAAAUAACAAUAUUAUUAUUAAUAAUAAUAAUAAUUGUAAUAAUUAUUAUUAUGAUAGUAACGUGGAUGUUUUAAAAAAUGAAGAGACAGAUAAUGAUGAUGAAGAAAUAAAGGAAGACGUGGAAUAUCAAGAAAUUAAAAAAAUAUUUGAAAAUAAAAAUUUUCGUCUUCUUUUAGAAGAUAUAGAAAAUGAAAUAAAUAAAUUAAAUAACAGUGUAUUUUUAAGAAUUAAUCAUAAGAACGUAAGAGGAGGUUGUUUUGUAAAUAAUUAUAGUUUAGAAGUAAAUACAUUAUAUGAUGCAUUAUUAAUUUUAAAAAGUAGUACAAGUAUUUAUAAGAUGAUAAAAAAUAAUAUUAAAGAAAAGGAAGAAAUGGAAGAAAAGAAAGAAAAGGAAGAAAAGAAAGAAAAGAAAGAAAAGAAAGAUCAUUAUUUAAUAUUAUCAAAAUAUGUUAAUAUUAAUAUAUGUUUUUUAUUUGAUGUAUAUGUAUAUGAUAAUAAUAUAAUAGGUAUAUCACAAAAAUAUUUAAAUUAUUAUUUUUCUUUUCUGAAUGAUCCAGAUAUUAUUAUAGAUUCUAUAACUCUUAUAAAAAAUAUGUUUGAAAAAAAUCUAAAAAAUAAAUUUUUUUGUAAUAAUUAUAUUUUUCAAGUUUAUAUACAUACAUUUAAAAAAACCAAAAAAAAAAAGUUACUUUUAAUUAAUUUAAAGAGUUGGUUAUAUAAAAAUAAGCAUCCUUAUUUUACUAAUCGAUUUUUAAAAUAUUAUAUAUUUACAGAAUAUCCAGUUGUUCAAGUACCUGAUGAAAAAUACAUGUCAAGAGGAAUAUAUAAAUAUAAAUAUGACUAUAUUAAUAAAAUAGAUGAUAACAAAAUGUUAGACAAAGAAAAAACAAAGGAUACAUCAUUGAUGAAUAGAGGAAAUGAAAAUGAUGAGUUUGAUUUUUAUUUCUAUGAUGAUAUAUUAUAUUAUUGUAUUGUAAAAAAUGAUAGUAUAUAUAAAAAAAACUCAAAUAUAUAUCCAAAGGAUUUGAAUUAUAUCAAGGAAGGAGAAAUCGACAUCGAUAAUUUGAUGGAGACAAUGAAACGAGAAAAUAAUAUUCAAUAA